AUCUCCAAAGUCGAAAGUACUCCGCGCAGUUAGCCGAACCGGGAGCCGAGGCAGCCGUGGUUGCCUACUGCGCGUCGGUCUGCGCCUCCGCCGGGAAACGAGGCAACCAGCGCCUGCCUUGUCGCCGCCGCCUCCGCGCCGGGACGAGUGCGCCUCGGGGCUGGGCGAGGCGGCCGCGCCCUGGACCCGCCACAAGGAGGAGGACCAGACCCGAGCCCCAGCGCCCGCCUGCACCCGGGCGCACCCACCGGCCUCGGCCACCGCCUCCGCCUCGCGCGGCACUCGGUUCUCUGCCAUCGGUCCUCUGCCACCCGACGCGCGCGGUCCUCGCCCCACCUCUCUGCCACCGCCGACUCUCCCCUUCCUUCUCUACCCUCCUCCCUGCCUCCCACCCGCCCCUCGCCAGUCCCUUCUGCCUCCUCCGCAGCCCCGCCGCUGUUUGGGUCGCCGGGCUCACAGCGAUUGAUUGAUUGAUGUUUAAUUUCCUGCCAGGCGGGGCCCCCCUCCCCCCGCAACCUCCCCAGCCCUCCUCCCCGCCCCCCACUCUCCUCCUUCAUUGCGGUGGACCAGUCUGGCUUGGGUUUAGAUCUUUCCCCCCCCACCUCCAUCCCGAAAUAACCCAGAGACUUCCCCUACCCCCACCCCAAAUUAUUAUUUUGAAGGCGCUAGAUUUGGGGACGGAAAGGGGGAGGGGGAGAAAUCGGAAACCGAGGACAACCCAAAAGGACUCACUUUGCCUGAUGACUCAACGCAACUAAUAAUCAUCUCCCUCUCAGUGUAUCUCUCUCUGCGGCUUGUCAGUGAGUCCGGCUCCGGCUGCUGGCGGCGGCGGCCGAGAGGGGAGAGGCUGGAGGUGACAGCUUGGGCAGCCGCCGCGUUUCCUCCCGCGUGCGGUCCCGGGUCCCUGCGCCUUCUUGGCUCUGGGUGACACCGGCCCUAAGGCUCCGGCCGCGCCUCCUCGCGAACUAGCAGACCUGCGAAGCGGCAGCACCGGCCCGCCUCCGCCUCCUCCCAGUCCUCAGCCCUUUCUCUCCAGAACGGGUCUCCUUCCCGAAGGUGUGAAAAGGCUUUUUCAGCCUCCUUUCCUCUUUUCCCCUCCUCCGCCGUCUCCUCCCUCGCUCGCUCGGGUGCCCCUUUGGAGGAACCCUCCUUUCCCUCUCCUCCUCCUCCCCCUACCCCCCUCCCCCCUCCCCCCCCAAUCAUCAUCAUCAUAACAACCAUCUCUGCACUAGAAGACACCCUGACCCAGGACCUUAAACGUUAGGACCUGGGAAAGAGGAAAAGGGGAAGGAGUAAAGAGGAAAGAAGACUAGGAGAACACUGCAAGGCGACGCACCAGAAACUUUCCACCCUGGAUUCUCUACUUUUGCUCCAUGGACAGAGCCUCAGCCAGCCAAGUUACAGACAGACUGUGAGCAGUCCCUGCGCGUUUUAUUGCGACCUGCCGGUGGGAACUUUGUCUCCGAGUCGGAGCAGCAUGGAGCGGCGGAGCGAGAGCCCGUGUCUGCGGGACAGCCCCGACCGGCGGAGCGGCAGCCCCGACGUCAAGGGGCCUCCCCCGGUGAAGGUGGCCCGGCUGGAGCAGAACGGCAGCCCCAUGGGAGCCCGCGGGAGGCCCAACGGCGCCGUGGCCAAGGCCGUGGGAGGUUUGAUGAUUCCUGUCUUUUGUGUGGUGGAGCAGUUGGAUGGCUCUCUUGAAUAUGACAACAGAGAAGAACAUGCAGAGUUUGUCCUGGUUCGAAAAGAUGUGCUUUUUAGCCAGCUGGUGGAGACCGCGCUCCUGGCCCUGGGGUACUCCCACAGCUCCGCAGCUCAGGCACAAGGAAUAAUCAAGCUGGGGAGGUGGAACCCUCUCCCCCUCAGCUAUGUGACAGAUGCCCCCGACGCAACAGUGGCCGACAUGCUGCAAGAUGUCUAUCAUGUUGUGACGUUGAAAAUCCAAUUACAAAGUUGUUCGAAGUUGGAAGACUUGCCUGCGGAGCAGUGGAAUCAUGCCACAGUCCGCAAUGCCUUAAAGGAACUGCUCAAAGAGAUGAACCAGAGCACAUUAGCCAAAGAAUGCCCUCUCUCCCAGAGUAUGAUUUCAUCCAUUGUAAAUAGCACAUAUUAUGCCAACGUGUCAGCAACCAAGUGCCAGGAGUUUGGGAGAUGGUAUAAGAAGUACAAGAAGAUUAAAGUGGAAAGAGUGGAACGAGAAAACCUUUCAGACUAUUGUGUUCUGGGCCAGCGUCCAAUGCAUUUACCAAAUAUGAACCAGCUGGCAUCCUUGGGGAAAACCAACGAACAGUCUCCUCAUAGCCAAAUCCACCACAGUACUCCAAUCCGAAACCAAGUGCCCGCGUUACAGCCCAUCAUGAGCCCUGGUCUUCUUUCUCCCCAGCUCAGUCCACAACUUGUUAGGCAACAAAUAGCCAUGGCCCAUCUGAUAAACCAACAGAUUGCCGUUAGCCGGCUCCUGGCUCACCAGCAUCCUCAAGCCAUCAACCAGCAGUUCCUGAACCAUCCACCCAUUCCCAGAGCAGUUAAGCCAGAGCCAACCAACUCUUCUGUAGAAGUCUCUCCAGAUAUCUACCAGCAAGUCAGAGAUGAGCUGAAGAGGGCCAGUGUGUCCCAAGCUGUCUUUGCAAGAGUGGCAUUCAACCGCACACAGGGAUUGUUGUCUGAGAUUUUGCGUAAGGAAGAAGACCCUCGGACAGCCUCUCAGUCUCUUUUAGUAAACCUGAGGGCCAUGCAGAAUUUCCUCAAUCUGCCGGAAGUGGAGCGGGAUCGCAUUUACCAGGACGAGAGGGAACGGAGCAUGAAUCCCAAUGUGAGCAUGGUCUCGUCAGCCUCUAGCAGUCCGAGCUCCUCCCGAACCCCUCAGGCCAAAACCUCGACACCGACAACAGACCUCCCCAUUAAGGUGGACGGCGCCAACGUCAACAUCACAGCUGCCAUUUAUGACGAGAUCCAACAGGAGAUGAAAAGGGCCAAGGUGUCUCAAGCCCUGUUUGCCAAAGUGGCUGCAAAUAAAAGUCAGGGCUGGCUGUGUGAACUGCUCCGCUGGAAGGAGAACCCCAGCCCAGAGAACCGCACACUCUGGGAGAACCUGUGUACCAUCCGUCGCUUCCUGAACCUUCCCCAGCAUGAGAGGGAUGUGAUCUAUGAGGAAGAGUCAAGGCAUCACCACAGCGAGCGCAUGCAGCACGUGGUCCAGCUUCCCCCUGAGCCAGUACAGGUCCUUCAUAGACAGCAGUCUCAGCCAGCCAAGGAGAGUUCCCCUCCCAGAGAAGAAGCUCCACCCCCACCUCCUCCGACUGAAGACAGUUGUGCCAAAAAGCCCCGGUCUCGCACAAAGAUCUCCCUGGAAGCCCUGGGGAUCCUCCAAAGCUUUAUUCAUGAUGUGGGCCUGUACCCUGAUCAGGAAGCUAUCCACACGCUUUCUGCUCAGCUGGAUCUCCCCAAACACACCAUCAUCAAGUUCUUCCAGAACCAGCGGUAUCAUGUGAAGCAUCAUGGGAAGCUCAAGGAACACCUGGGCUCCGCGGUGGACGUGGCUGAGUAUAAGGACGAGGAGCUGCUGACAGAGUCCGAGGAGAACGACAGUGAGGAAGGCUCUGAGGAGAUGUACAAAGUAGAGGCCGAGGAGGAAAAUGCUGAAAAGAGCAAGGCCGCGCCUGCUGAAAUCGACCAGAGAUAAUGUGAACUCCUACCAGGCAAAGCAAUACAUCGGUCCAAGGAUUUUCUGUUUUAAUUUCUUUAAAAACUUUUUUUUUUUUUGCUUUAUUUUAUUUUAUUUUUGUCUGUUUUGUUUUUCUUACCUUUUUUGACAUUUUUUGUUGCACAGGAUACACCUAUAGACUGAAUAAGUUCAGUAUUCCCGAAUCAGACAUCGCCUUGGCAAAGACACUAAAGUGUUACACUUUUACAAUUGACUGGAUCAUAGUAAUUAUAAUCACAGGAAACUCUGCCUUCAUUAUCCUUGCACUUACGGAAGAGACAUCAGGCAAGUUCCAGGACGAAAAGACCUACGAAACAAAUGAAGGAAGCUACAAGUGUGUGUGUAUAUGUAUAUGUAUAUAUCUAUAUAUUUACAUAUAUAUAUUAAAUUGCAUGGGACAGAGAACUUUACAAUCUGAAAGAAUAGACUGUGAAAUGAGUUCUUAAAGAAGAGACUUGUUUAUGUAUUAAAAAAAAAACCACUUCACAGUGAGUCGCUUUGGCUUUUUGAUAAACUGCGGCCUGCUCUCAGGGUGGGGUGACUAUUUUUGAAUUCCUAUUUAUUUUCUGUGUUUGUCCCUGAUUUUUUUUUUUUUUUUUUAAUUCUAUGGCUUCCUAUCUGGCAGCUUGAUGGGUAAUUUUUGAGGUAUGUAUUUAAACAAAAUAAAUCAACACUGCCAAAAAGAAAGAAGAAAGGAAAGUGGAAAAAAAAAUCAGGGCACCUUAAAAUGAUACAAGUCAAAUUGCUCUUAAGACACAAUGCACACUUAAAAUGACUCGACGUGUUCCGUUAUUCAACUUGUCAUUACUGUAGUGAACAGAUGCAUUUCUGUGGAAUUCCAAAUGAAUAAAACUGAAAUUCAGUACAGAGAAAACUUGUCUUGAUAAAAUGACGUUUUGACGUUGGACGUAUGGAAUUCAUAGUAUGAGCCACAUUUUAUUGUGAAACUUAUUUACCUGUUCGUGGCUUCAGAUCUUAAAAUGAAUAAGCCUGCUCAUUUAAAAGUUGUUUGUUGUUGCUGUUUUCUCUUUUUCUUUUUUCUCCUUUUUUUUUUUUUAAUAGAAAAUAGUUCAAUGUAAUGUUAAGUUAGAAAAGAAGUUGCCGCCCAGUUAAAGGGGUUCCCUCUCAAAUAAACCUCCAUCCUUCCAUCUCCCAAAAGAUGUUUCCUAUUUCUGUUUCACUUUGGGCUUCCUCUUCUUCGUCCACAUUCCAUCCACCUGACCAAACUUCUAGAGUCCCUGCUCUCACAUGCCUCAUCCCUUCCCUGGUAUGGCAGCCCUAAUAAGAACCUUUCUUUGAAUCAUUGUGCAGCUCCAGGCAAUAGAGUAAGCGAAGCGAUUUCGGUGGAAUCACCUACUCAUCGUAAACGGAAACAUUUUCUCAGUUACCGACAUAGCAAUUACCUUACGUAAAGCAGAACUAAUGCCGACUGGCUGUUUAGUGGAAUGAGCAUUAAAGCUGCAACCUACUAUAGCUCUCCAAACCUCCUGUAGCUUCCUGUCAGAAGCACCAGUAGCAUUUCUUCCCACUUGUACUUAGAGUAAUUGCAAGAGGUGACCUCACCUGCAGGACUGGCCUUGCAAACCUAACCCAUGCUUCACCUUGGCCGCCAGACAGUCCCACACGGUUGGAUUUUUUUGGAGUUCUGCUCUCAUGCAACCUUGUCAAAGACCUCAUGCAAUAUCACUUUGAAAGUUAUUUUCUGUUUACUACACAGACAUUGUAAUAUAACUGUUAAUACUAUUUAUAUAUUUGAAAGGUAUAAAAGGUAGGAGUUAAAAAAAAAACAAAACCUCUAUGUGUAGAUAUUAACUCAGAACUUACAAUAUACAGGGAGAAGACAUGUUGCAAUACAAGCUAAUUCUAGCUGCUCAGUAACCUCUGGAGUUUUUAAAGGGACAUUUUCCUGUACUUUUUCAAAUAACGAUGUUGAAAAAAUUAUCUUGACACGAGCGUCACAUACCUUUGCAAAAGGAUGGUUGUUUGCAGUUAAGCCCCGGGCCCAUCCUUCUGCUGCCGUAGUAUGCUGCAGCUUUAAUCCGAAAGUCCACGCUUGCUGCUUCCUGAUCUCCGAGUUACUCUUUCCAAAUUGUCUUCUUACACUGUUGCUGAAGGUCACUCUGUACAUGUAAUGGAAACUGAUGUUGCCAAGCUCUUACAAGGUGGUUCAUCUAUCGAUGGCAUCCGCAUUUGGUAUCUUUUACACUUCAACCAAAAAUUUGUUAGGUAUUUUUCAAUGCUAAGUCUUGCCUUUUAUUUUUUAAUUUCACUGCCAAGUUUGCAGUGAUUCUAAGUGAAUCUGUGGGCAUUUUAGCCUGUGGUCUUGCCAGAUCUUUGCGAAUUACAAUGCAUAUAUGUCUAUUUAUUCAAUAUCUGUCAUAUAAUAUCUAUUUGGAAGAAGAAACUUUCUCUUGUAGUGCCUCUUGACAAAGCACAAUUUCCCGCCUUUUUUUUUUUUUUUUUUUUUUGUGAAAUGAAAAAACAAAUUGUGUUUUAUUGCGGUAUCAACAAUGUGAAUAAGGAUUAACAUAUUGUAAAUGUUCUUUUUUCCAUGUAAAUCAACUAUCUUUGUUAUCACUAAGUGAUAAUUAAUUUUUAACUUAUGUGCAUUGUUAGGCUGUUAGAAUUUUUUGGUUGUUAAAAUAAAACGCAUUCAAUAAAUAUGA